CACUGGCUUCAAGGCCAGCACCGGCAUAUCCACACACAGGCACCACAGGCUCAAUGACCUGGAAGCACCGUCAGCCGGCCCAGGUUCAGCCUCUUCCAAGCUUGACAAGUUACACCAAUCAAUUUGGCCUAGAUGCAAAAACGCCAAGACCAGGCCCACUGCACACUGCUGCCCAUUGUCAGCCAAAGCAGCCGUACACACAAAGACACGCCCUUUUUCUCCACUUCUCUCCCACCAUUAUCAAGUCUCUAUUUACUCUUUCGCGACCUCAGCAGCUUACUAGAUUCAUUUUACCAACUCGGAGAUUCUCUACAUCGACCACCACAUUUAAAUCUCUAGUACCGAGCUUCGCAAGAAUGGCCACACACUACUCAAUUUCUGUUCCCACCACACCAGUGUCGACAACAUCGUCGUCGGCUGCGUCGUCUGUUAUUGCACGCAACCUCAGCAGCGGGCGCGAAAGGAGCGGCAGUCCCAGCGGCAGCGAGGCUGAGGACAGUUUGCUCAACAAAGACUUGGAGCGCGGUACAGAGUCAUCAGGCAGCCAAGGAACAGCCGGCGGCAGCGAGCCCAACGACAAGAAGCCCAGCCGCUUUAAGGUGCUGAUGCAGCAGUACGGGCGCGUGGCCAUCGUGGCAUACCUCAUGGUUUCGUUCAUCGACCUGGGCAUCUGCAUAUGGGGCGUGUGGCUGGGAGGCGACAGCCUGGUGUUCACUAUCAACUCGUACCUGGGCCAGUACAUUCCCAGGCUGCAGAAGGCUGCACAGAAGAUGGAAGAGGGCGAGAGUGGUGGUGCGGACAAGUGGGCGACCAUUAUUAUUGUUGGAUAUGCCGUGCAUAAGUGCUUGACGCCGCUGAGAUUGGGCAUAACCGCGGCCAUUUUGCCGUGGUCGGCGAGAACAGCUCAGCGCUUGGGUCUGACCUGGCUGAUCCCAAAGUCUGCGCCCAAAAUUACUCACAAGCCCUUGUCCAACGCUGCGGACGCCAUCCGGAACAAGCUCAAGUGAGCAUAAAACACGUAUGCUUUUUAGCCGUUUUUUUACCAUUAUAAAUCAAUUUUGAAGCGCCAAAUGCGCAUGUGAUUUU